AUGGCAAUGGACGAGACGUUCCAAAAAUCGUUAUACAAAUACGAAGCCCCAUGGACGGUAUAUUCAGUCUCCUGGAGUAAUCGUUUAGAUAAACCAAGGCGUAUAGCAUGCACCUCAUUUAUCGAUGAUUAUAUCAACCAUAUCCAAAUCAUUCAAUUUAACCCAACGACUGAAACGUUGGAGAAGGCCUCUGAAAUCGACCAACCCUAUCCCCCUACAAAAGUGAUGUUUAUGCCUCCAACGCAAAGUACAGUUCCUGACUUGUUAAUGACGUCUGGUGAUAACUUGAGGAUAUAUGAAGUCUCUCAAGACUCAUCAUCUCUUCGCUUAAAAACAUCCCUCCAUCCUUCAACGGAAACUUUCGCACCGUCGACUUCUUUCGACUGGAACACCGUUAACAUCGAUCGUGUCUGCAGCUGUUCAAUUGACUCGUGCUGCUCAGUAUGGUCCGUAGAAACAGGACAACUCGUCAAAAAGUUGAUCGCGCAUGAUAAGGAAGUCUUCGACGUCUCGUUCGCGGCAAAUCCAGACAUCUUCGGUACGGUCGGGGGUGACGGGUCACUCAGAAUGUUUGAUCUUAGAGCACUCGAUCACUCUACUAUAUUGUAUGAGUCUCAAGGUCUCGUCCCACUCUUAAGACUCGAGUGGAAUAAAGUCGACCCAAAUUUCAUAGCAACCUUCGCAAUGGACUCAGAUAAAGUCACUAUCAUCGAUGUAAGACAACCAGCAGUCCCUUAUACCCAUUUGAAGGUCCAUCGAAAUAGUGUCAACGCAAUUAGUUGGGCUCCAGACUCGAACUUUCUCUGCAGCGCUAGUGACGAUCAUAAGGCACUCAUUUGGGACAUCUCACCAGUUAAGGAGGGCGGUGAACCACAGGUAUUACAAUAUGAGGCAGAAGCAGAAGUAAAUAACAUUUCGUGGUCUAAAAUAUACUCGGAAUGGGUUUGUGCAUCAGUUGGAAACCAGGUACAGGCACUCAGAGUAUAA